AUGAAUACACCCUUCCCCAUAUCGAAGCCUAAGACAAGAGGGAGGUCGCACACCGUUACAUCCGCACACCCCUCAUCAUCCUCGCCAACCAGCUCUUCUUCCCCAUCGACGUCACCCGACACAUCCACCGCAUCCCCACCUAUUACCAGCGUGCUGCGUCAAACCUCUGGGGGACGUCGCCGCGCCUGUCCGCCGAGUCUGAUGUACUGGUCCCGUGCACCUAUCAUCCCACCGUACCCCACGCAUGCGCACGCCCAUACUCCGAAAGGCGUUCGCAGCGCAUCCUGUACCGUGAUGGAUACAGCGAUCUGGUUCUUUGGUGGGUACGACUCGAAAGAGACAGUGGAGGAUGUGUGGGUGUUGGAUACGGAGACAAGGGAGUGGGAGAGGGUCGAGAUGCGCGGUGAAGGGCCGGGACCAUUGAGAGCACAUACCGCAGUAGGGGAUGAGAGGUAUAUAUUUGUGUUUGGUGGUGGGAGCGGGGACGAAUUCUCCGACGAGCUCUGGGCGCUUGACACGUUUGAGCAGACAUGGCACCUGCUUCCCUGUUCUGCCCCUUCCCCUGUCCCCCGGCGCGCGCAUAACUCUUUUAUCUACGACGAGCAUUUAUACGUCUAUGGCGGAGGAUCAGGACACGACGCCCUCUCCGAUCUAUGGAGGAUUGACGUCUCGUGGGCUGCGCUCGCUCGAUCGAAAGAUGAGCCACUGGUAUGGGAAGAGCUCCAAACAAGCGGUUCCGCUCCCUCGGAUAUGCCUGUUCCCGGUGAGGAGGGGUCACCAGAGGAGAACACGCCUAGAGCGAGAGGGUAUACGAGCGCUACGCUCGUCGGAAACGUGCUUGUUGUGCUUGGAGGACAGAGUGGGAGGGAUGGGGACGGGGAGGGACCGUGGGGGGACUGUUGGGUGUUAAACCUUGACGACCUGCAUUGGGAAGAGAAGCAUCUUAACCCUCCCAUUCCACUCGCCAGUCAUACGGCGACCCUCGUCGGGAUGUACUUGUUCAUCUUCGGCGGUAAUGACGGUUCGAGGUACUGUAAUGAUCUGAGGUUACUGAAUCUGAUAACAAUGCAAUGGGAAACCCCCAAGAUCCGAGGACAUCCCCCUCCCGAGCGUGCUCAACAUCAGGCCGUCUUAGUCGACGCCCGUCUGUGGAUCUUCGGCGGCUUUGAUGGAAGAAGAUACUUCGAGGAGCCCUAUGUGCUCGAUUUGGCGGCGAGCAGCUGGUUGAUGGGAGUCACGGAAUUUGGGGUUGGGGAGGAGGAGGAGGGCUGGGAUUAG